AUGUCGUUGACAACAAUAUCGAUGAUCAGCGAUGAUGAAGAAGAAGAAUCGUAUGAGACGCACGUCCAGCGUAAGAAUGUGACCAACAGUGGCAACAAUUGCGUCAAAACUAUCGCAAACAAUGUUUGCUCGACGACAACUGCCCACACGAUUAUCACUAACAGCGAACACAAGUUUGCCGAUAAAAAUGUUGAUAAUAAUGGUAUUGUAAGUGACAAACAAAUUAACGACCCGUUGAAUACCGACGACAAUACUGUUGACGAAGCCUUUGCCAAUGGAAACGGUACUCAUUUGUUGGCAAACAUUACGAAAGUCGCCGAUAUCAACGACAAUAAUGAUACCAAUUCUAUGUCAAUGGAUACGAACGGGUGGCCAUCAGAUGACAAUAUGACCGAUAAUGACCCGAACACUAAUCUAAUACUGAACGGUAGUACAGGAGAUCAAUUGACACCAAUCGAUGACAACAAUUACGAAAAUGAAGGCAAAGAAAAUGAAGAGAAAGUUAUGGACGAAGAAGUUGAAGAACAAGAAAACAACAACAACAAUAAUAUUGUUGAUGUGUCCACCAAAAUACGUACCGACUUUACCGAGGUUGAGGAUAAAAUAGUUGUCUAUCUAUACACAAAAGUACAUAAGCGUAGAAUUAUUGACAUUAAAUACUUCAACGAUGCCCUCCAAGUCCGCUAUAAGGGCCAAGAAUUUGAUCCGAUGGACAUUACUAAUGACACCUAUGACAAUGUUAUAUAUAAUGGCCAAAUAGAGCCCGAUUUAUGUCAUCAUAAGGAGAAAAAAGAAAGGAUUGAGAUAACAGUAAUCAAAAAGGACAAGAAAUUCAAAUGGAAUGCAUUCGAACGUACGGUUAAUUCUGGGGUUGUAUAUAAUAACGGGUGGCCAACAGAGGCCAAUGAGACCGCGCUGUCGCUAAACAACGCUCGAUCAUCACUGCAAACACUGUCACAUAUAUGGGAGACCAAUCAGUCAUCAAAGCCAUCAAUACAUGUAUCCUCUUCUCGAAGUGUGUCUCGAAACACUAGACGUGAUAAUAGUUUAUCAACAUUUGACACAAAGAUUAAUGACAGUAAAGAAAAUAUGUCACCAAAUAGUCGUAAUAGAGAUAACAGUGACAGACAAAGGAUAACAGUUUAG